AUGGAGAAAGAGCUUGAAGUGUUACACAACCGGUUGUUCAAAGCCAAGGCACGUCCAGAAAAGACAAUGGCUGUGCUGAUAUCUGGAGGUCCAGGCUCCGGCAAAACACAUCUUGCGAGGCAGUAUGUGUUCACUCAGCGAGAUUGCUAUCCAGGCGGCAUAUUUUGGAUUGACGCUAAGUCCCGUGAAUCAACGUACAAGUGUUUUUGGGAGAUCGCACAAGCAGCUACGUUGAUCGAACAGAAGGUGACCAUGACCACUGAGUAUCACGAGAUUGGAAAGCACGUGAAUGCAGUCCGUCUCUGGCUUCAGACACACAAAGAUUGGCUUCUAGUCUUUGACGGUGUUACCUUCGACCGUGAUGAUGAUCUCAACAAAUUCAGGGAGGUUUUGCCAUGGAGCAAACAGUGCAGCAUAAUAUACACCUCGGUUGAUACAACGCUACGCAAAAAGCAGCGACUUUACGAGCCCCAUUGUCUGAUGAUCUCGCGGUUGAAAGUGGAAGACGCUUGUAAGCUUUUGUUCAAGGAUCUUGGGAUAAAGCGAGCGACGCCAGAGCAAAUCUUCAAGGCUACUCGGAUAGUUGAGCACUACGAAUGUCUGCCUUUAGCAAUCCAUGCAAUUGGGCACCGUCUCAAUGCAACGGGUAAACCGAUUGAGAAGUAUCAUGUCAAAUCUCAGGUGACCGACAAGAAGCUUGCGGAACCUUUCUUGAGCAUCAUGAAUGAUUUGUUUCGAUUGCAGCAAAAGCAGGCGCUGCACUUGAUUAAUCUUCUCUCUUUUCUUGGCCACCAGGUGCCGGUAGGCCUUCUGAAUCUGGGUCGAGCGGCCAUGGCCGCUGAGGAUCUAGAGAUCCAGACUAGCGGCCAAAUUGGAGAAGAUCCUGAUCUCGAUACCACACUUGGAACACUCAUUCACUAUGGGUUAAUCGAACGGAUCUCAGAUGCUGAUCUCUUUCGGCAGAGGCCGUCUGCGCAUCAUCUUGAGAGUGAUCAGAAGAGCUCAGAUGGGAAGACUGACCUGGAACUUUCCGAUUCCAUGACAGAGAGCAGCCAAGAUGGAUUUUUCUCCAUGUACCGUCACAAAUCGGUGGUUGAUGUAGUCAAGAUUCACAGUGUGGUGCAAGGGUUCUGUCGUGAUGAGCUCCGAAUCAUGGACGAGGAGAACAAAUGCAUAAUGAACAAGAGUGAUCCUGGUUUCUUCGACACAUGGUUGAUUGUUGCGACUCGAUUUCUCAUCACCUCUUAUGAUGCCGCUAUGGGGCGGAUGGCUCAUUACGAAGACUUUGGCCUUGUCCGGGACUACCGAGAGUACGAAACCCAUGCUUCACGACUGCUUGAGCUCUUCCCAAAGAAGGCAGCAAUAAAUCUCCAUCCGCUCAUCGUUCGUGAAACACGAGAGAAUUUGCGAAGAUUGAUGAAGAUGAUAAGCAAAGAGAUAGAGAACAUGCCUCCAAGCUCCUCACCCCACUCUCUACGGUGUCAAAAGUCGGUUUUUGACAGAUCAAGCAGCUCAUCGUCAUCCUUUCGCGAUUCAUCGGCCGAUGAAGAUCCCUCGCGCCGGUCUACCUUCAAUUGGAGUGAUCUAGGGUCACCUCGAACGGAAUCUCCCGAGGAGAUGGCUAUGCCGCCUCCCCAGUUCAGGUUAGAGCUUUUCCCACCACACAUAUUCAGAAAUUCUGGGUACGAAUCCGAAGAAGGUUAUGAAACGGAUGGGGAAGCUAAUGAGGUAGUUCGAAUCUCUCCCGCUAUGUCGCAAAUAAGCCAAGCAACGGAGAAACCAAAUAACACACCUCCCACAUCGAGUCCAUCAACCAAUGGCCUAUUGGAGUGGCAAGUGGCCAACCGAAACUCAAGGCUGAGUUUCCAUCAAGAGAAUCAAGCGAAAUGGCCGAACAAAGCUUCUCGUCGCUUUGGAGAAAUCAAAUUUGAUAUGCCAUUGGUCAAACUGUCCUCCAUCCAAGGGAAAGGAUCAUCAAGUCGCACAGAAGCGGGGAGCUCUUUGAUGCAGGACUCGGAGGCUAAAAAAGUGCUCGCUGCAGUGCAUCGAUUUAGCAUUUCUCAAGCGUCCGCUGACGCCCCGCAGCCUACAUUUAUCUCCCCGCCAGCAAACAAAGAGAACUUGCCGAGGUGUGCAGAUGUGGUCACCCGAAGACUGGAUAGAGACUCUACGGUGAAACGUCCAUUAUCCGUCACCACUUUCCAGGCCUUGGAUCCGGCUAGCGGUUUGCAUUUGAGUGGCGGCAUGCAGAUGAAACCAUCCACUGAGUCGAUCGAUAGCCAAGCGGGAUAUGCCUUUACGUCUCCCCUAUACCAUGAUAUGUCCAAACAAUUGAUGAGCGAGCCUCCGAAUCAGUCAACCUACAGCGAGCCCGAGUACAAUAUGUUCAGUCACUGUCCCGAAGCAGAUUUACAUACCGCGCCUGCAUCCCGAGCUUCCUCUCGGCGUGGUUCAGUGCCACAUCUGGAGAUCCCACGAAGUCUGUCUGCAAGCGUGCCAUCCCUCCUUCCAUAUCCACCGCCGCUUCCGUACGAUGAGAAUAUUUCCAUCGCUCUUUCAAACCGCAAUACAUUCUCCCAAUUAGCUUCACGAUCAAUAGCUAUCGUUGGCUCCUCUAGACCUUCUUCUGUCGCUCAUCCGUCCGCAAUCAUGCCCAUCGCAUUGUCAUUAUCUAAUAACAAAUUGCAUGUCAGCUCAGCCCCAGAGCGCUCCAUUCUCGAGCCGAUGUCGCGUGACUCUUCUGGUUACUCCUAUCAGUCAUGGGUCACAGAACCCGUGCAGUAUACCCCGUGGGCUCCACCAAUCCCAACCUUCCAACAGCCCACCGAGAUAACCCCAAGUCCACCAUCAAGCAUGCAAUGUCAACAACAGAUGCUCGCCGGGACUGCUGAUUGGACAACCGAAACACAUCUGGCGGGUAGUGCUCUCCUGUCAGAUCCCUUUUACCUCAGUCCGCCCGCGUCAGCACAUGGAAAGCUUGGCUCCAUGGAUGAGAGGCUGAAAUAUCCCGACCCUGGCUGGAGCCCGGAGAUUGAGCCAGUGCAAGUUUUGAAUUUUGGCGGACACCACAUUGAUGUACGAGAUGCACGUCUCCGACUGAAUGAAUCGACUCACAUGCUACCCCCGCUCCCCCAGCUAGAUCAUCCGAAUUUGUCGGGUCCUGUGAUUCAGCAUGAUGGUCAGGUCUAUGUGUCUGAUCAUGAGCCGCGGCUGGAGGUGUGUGGGACUCGUCCGCGUAGUGGGAGUUCCCCUGUGCGCCCUAACUAUGUUGAUUUGGGUAUGCGGUUCUUAUGA